GAGAGAGGAGCGCAGGCUGAGGAUCGCGGCCAGGAUGCCUCUGCACUCUCUGGCUCUGUCGCUUCUGCUAUUGGUGGCGGUCGCUUUAUGGGAGAGCUGCUUCGGCACCUCCUCCCACUCCCUGAAGUAUUUCUACACCUCCACCUCGGACCCCAAUCAGGGGCUGCCCCACUUUGUUCUUCUGGGGAUUGUGGAUGGUCAGGUCUUUGUUCAUUAUGAUACUCACAGCCGGAAGCUGAAGCCUCGAGUCUCCUGGGUAGAGAAGGCGGGGAAGCUGGAUCCCAAGUACUGGGACAGUCAGACCCAGAUAUCACAUGGCGAAGAGGAGGCAUUCAUAGUAAGCCUGGAGAAUCUGAGGAGUCGGUACAAUCAGAGCGAAGGCCUUCACACAUUGCAGAGGAUGUAUGGCUGUGAACUCUGCGCAGAUGGGAGCAAAAGAGGGUUUCUGCAGCUUGGAUAUGACGGAAGGACCUUCAUCACCUUCGACAAGGAGACCCUCACCUGGGUGGCUCCUAACCCCUUGGCCCAGAUCACCCAGAGGAAAUGGGAUGCUAUUCCGGGAAAGAGUCAGGGACAUAAGGCCUACCUGGAGGAAAUCUGCAUAGAGUGGCUCCAGAGGUACCUGUCCUACGGGAAGGACACACUCCUGAGGACAGAGCCCCCAGUGGUGACAGUGACCAGAAGGACAGAGACUGAGGAUGGGAUGGAGACGCACAUCUGCCAGGUCCACGGCUUCUACCCCAAGGAGAUCGAUGCCUCCUGGAGGAGGGACGGGGAGAUCUGGCUGCAGGACACCCUCCAUGGGUCCGUAGCCCCCAAUGCGGAUGGGACCUACCACUACUGGCUCAGCAUCCGGAUCGAUCCCAAAGAAAGGGGACGCUAUUGGUGCUAUGUGGAACACGAUGGUCUGCAGGAACCUCUGGAUGUGGCCAUAAAAGAAAGUCAAGGCCGUUGUGCCCUGCAGCUGUGCUGAGAAGAAUGAGGAGGUAUCUUCUGUUCCGGAGGGUACCUGAUUGGUUCGUGUGAUGGACAUGUGGGUGAAGGGCAAGGAUUUGAACUUUCUUUUGGGAGAGAAAAACCCGGAAGUUCUCAGAUUCGGGUUUUCCCAGAUGUGUUCUGUCCCCCACCACACGCACACACACCAACAGACGUUCAAGAGUUAAAGACCAAACCAGCUGGCAAAAUCCUUUUCCUUAUGAUAAUGGAACUUGGCAACAACCUAGUGGCUGCCUGCCAAGAGUUUAUUAUUUACGAAGAGGAGAGAUAACUUCUCCCCACUCCUGGUACAUCAAAAGAAACAGCUCAAUAAUUAUGGAGUCAAUCAAGUCCAGAGAUAAUCCAGCAAAGUCUAUAGCAAAAAGUUUGGCAAUGCAGAAUGGUGUGGAAGCUUUCAGCUUUGUUCGUCACAAGGUUUGACUGGCCACCACGCUCCCUUUUCUAUCCUGUGGGGUGUGGUCCAGUGACUCAGCCUAAUCUCGGGCACACCUUUUCUUCUGUUGCGCGCGCUUAUUUCUGCGACGCUGGCGUGGAUCCAGCCAAGACUCAUUACCCUCAUCACUGUCCAUCUGUGGCUGCGUGGACGUGCUUGGCCCCGGCCCUAUCUCUUGCCCUUUGGUGGACACCGAAGGCAUUGCCAGAGAGGAGGGUCCUGGAGAGGGAGGCCUUGCCAACUCCUCUCCUUCACUCUCAGAAUCCUCUCCUGCCGAUGACACAGGCUCAGAUAACGGAGCCACAACACGAUGUGCCAAUAUGACAUCUCUAAUAAAAGUUAGCUUUGAGGAACUUCAAGCCUCGGAGUUUGAUUUCGUUGGGGGUGUUACUUGGAAACCUGACAUAGAAUUUUUCUGUUUCUGGACUGGUCACAACUCCUCACCAUCAUCCAAAAAUCAGGAGAGGAAGUGGCAUGAUAUAAAUUAGAUAUUAUAAAUUAUAAAUUCUGCCCCUGGGUAUUUCCCCCCUCAAAUCCUACAAUGCAUGUUCCAGAUCUGCAGAAUUUUGUAUUUUUUAUUUGCAGUUGAGCAGAAUGAAAUAGAGAACAGUUAAGGGAUCUUUAAAAGAUGAGAAUGUCAUCUGGAUGUUCCAUGGUAUUAAAGUUUUAUGGUAAAUCAGGCACUUUGUCCCAUAAAAACUCAAUCUGGAGUCAGUCAAAGGCCUCUUCGGCUAAUCAAAGGAGGCCAGAUGGCUGGACAAUGAAGGGGGAUCCAAAGCUGGCUUGAAAAUCUUCCUCCAGGAGUCCCCAUUGAUGGUUCCUCAUCAAGUUGAAGAUAUCAAAUAGAUGCUAGAAGAAUCA